AUGUCCAAGGACAACCCGCGGCACAAUGCUCUGUCGCUGCUCUUCAUUACGCCGCAAAACUACGACAGCUUCCACGCCAUUCUCCAAAGACUCAGCUCUAAACACAAAUGGACGUCCUCAGAAUAUGUGACAACAAGAUUCUUGCAAAGCUAUGGUCAGCGGCUGUGGCCCAAAGGCAAACGCAGGCGCAAGCAUCUCAAUCAAUUACCCACUCAAGAGGAAGUAAAGCACUGGGCGUCAGGAAAGGGACGUGGACGAAUAGACGGCCCCGUCUUCGAUUGGGAUGGACACCUGACGGUCGAAGGAAGGCACGAAGUACGCCCGCAAGACGGCAGAUCCAGCUAUCCACUCAAUGAAGACCUCUCCGGCUCGAAACUGGGCCAAGUUCUUGUGCCCUACGUGUCAGACAUCAUCAGCAAUCUGCGAGAUGAUGUUACGCAGGAGGAUGUACGUCUGGCAGAUCUGAUCCAACGUAUCCUGGCUACGUGCCAGGAAGGGGAUUUAGCAGAGCAUCAUGACAUAAUGUCGUCCACCACGUCACAUCCAUCAAAAACGCGCAAACGGAAGCCUCGGAGCAAGAGAACCAACCUCAAUACCUCAAAAUCCACUGUAGCAGGUUCUGCACCAGCAACGGAAGGAGAAACGGCAAAAGACAGGAAUCUUAAACACAGUCAUAACAAUGGCAAAGGGCAAGAAAUCACGCAUCAAUCAGUCCUCGGUGACAACUUCGAACGAGGCCAAAUGAAGUUGACCAGUGGAGCGUCGCCGGGCUCUUCAGCGAAUAAGUCGACUGUGGAUGAAGAAGAAGAUGUUUCUGAGUCGAUUAGGAAGAUUCGUUCCGCUAUGUACAGGGACGAACCAAGGGCAUUCGAUGCACCAGGGGGACAAAAGCGACCUAUGGAAGGCAGUGAAGCGAACAUGCCGCCGCCAAAGAAGCGGAAGCGAAAGAAAGGCGCCAAGGAGAACAGUCCACCACGAGGCCUCUUUCACAUACCGCGCCACUCGCAUCGAUUAGAAGCUUUGCCAUUGAGAAAACCACGACGCCAGCAGCAUGGCAUAGCUGAUCAUGCUGCUUCUCUACCGCGGCACGAUGCGUCAGUAUCGCUGACAGGCGAUCUGGAUUUCCACGCAGAUUUUCGCAUCACUGAGAUUCCGUUCAACUACAUGGAAGACGUGACAAGCAUGUCACAACCACAUGUAGAUGAAGAAGCGAGAAGCAAGACAUUGGCAAUGUACAUGAAAGAAACAGGCGGGAUGGGAGGCUUGCCCGUUGUUCAGUAG